AGAAUGAGUUUCUUACUGAACAACUUUUUAAAAUGCAAAUUAAAUUCAAUACCUUAAAAGAUAAGUUCCGUAAGACAAGAGAUACUCUCAGAAAAAAGUCACUGGCUUUAGAAACUGUACAAAACGACCUAAGCCAAACACAGCAGCAAAUAAAGGAAAUGAAAGAGAUGUAUCAAAAUGCAGAAGCUGAAGUGAGUAAAUCCACUGGAAAGUGGAACUGUGUAGAAGAGAGGAUAUGUCAACUCCAACGUGAAAAUCUGUGGCUUGAACAGCAACUAGAUGAUGUUCAUCAGAAAGAGGAUCAUGAAGAGAUAGUAAUUAAUAUCCAAAGAGGCUUUAUUGAGAGUGGAAAGAAAGACCUCCUGCUAGAAGAGAAAAAUAAGAAGCGAAUGAAUGAAUAUAAUUAUUUAAAAGAAAGUCUCUUUCAAUAUGAGAAAGAGAAAACAGAAAGAGUAGUGGUUGUGAGACAACUUCAACAAGAAAUGGCUGAUUCCCUUAAAAAAUUAUGUUAGAGUCUCCACUGGAAGGUACAUCAUGUUGUCACAUUAAUUUGGAUGAGAAACAGGCCUCAAAGAAGAAAUUAUUUCAAGUGGAAAGUCAAAUAUAAGAAACUCCUGGAAAUGACAAUAAAUAUGUUAAGUGUAUUUGGAAAUGAAGACUUCGGUUGCCAUGGAGACUUAAAAACAGAUCAACUGAAAAUGGAUAUUCUGAUUAAGAAGCUAAAACAGAAGUUUGAUGAUCUUACAGCAGAGAAGGAAGCUGUAUCUUCAAAAUGUGUCAAUUUGGCUAAAGACAAUCAAGUUCUUCAACAGGAGUUAUUAUCUAUGAAAAAAGUACAACAGGAAUGUGAAAAACUUGAGGAGGAUAAAAAGAUGUUGGAAGAAGAAAUAUUAAAUCUUAAGACACAUAUGGAAAACAAUAUGGUAAAACUUAGUAAACUACAAGAAUAUAAAUCAGAGCUAGAUGAAAGGGCAAUGCAGACAGUAGAAAAAUUAUAAGAAAUCCAUUUACAGAAACAAGCACAAUAUGAAAAACAAUUAGAGCAGUUAAACAAGGAUAAUAUGGCUUCACUAAAUAAGAAGGAACUCACACUUAAAGAUGUGGAACGUAAAUUCUCCAAAAUGAAAACUGCUUAUGAAGAGGUUACAACCGAAUUAGAAGAAUAUAAGGAAGCCUUUGCAGUAGCAUUGAAGGCUAACAAUUCCAUGUCAAAAAAAUUAAUGAAAUCAGAUAAGAAAAUAGCAGUGAUCAGCACCAAGCUCCUUAUGCAGAAAGAGCGGAUGAAAUAUUUUCUCAGCACUCUUCCUACGAGGGCAGACCCAGAGUCACCUUGUGUUGAAAAUCUUACUAGUACAGGACUCAACAGAAAAUAUAUUCCCAAAAUGCCCAUAAGAAUUCCUACUUCAAACCCACAGACUUCAAAUAACUGCAAGAUCUCCUUGACUGAGAUGCAGCUGGACUGUGUAGAACAAAUAAUUAGAGAAACAAAGAGAACUGUUGCUGUGUUGGACACUAGUUCCCAUCUACUUUCUUCUCUAGAAUCCACUGCACUGAGGAAGCACAGGCAAGCCCUCCCCAGCAUGCGCUCACUAGUGUCCAACAGAAGAACCGCUGCUGCAUCUACUGAGGCUCCCAUUGUGGUGGGUUGUGUCACCCACAAUGCCACUGUUGCUGAGCCCCCAUCGCCUCUGUGUUGUGGAGCAGUUAGAGACACACAGCAGUGUCUGUGAGUGGCUCUGCGUGAAGGACCAUUUUCUAGCUGAGAGGCACAUCUCAACACAGCUGCCUGAUUAGACUCAGCAAUUCCAUUCUGCAUCUUUUCUGAUCACCCCUGUGACCACCCAGGACAAGCCCAUCAGGACCAUGUCACCAGGCCCAGUCCGGCUCCAUGAUAACCAAGAUGCAGGUCCAGAGACAACCGCCCUGCAUGGUGCCUGCAUCUGAGCCCCCUUGGUGGGUAGUGAUGAGCACAACAUGGAAGAAGCCAGGGCAGCAUGCGGCCAGCUGCCCUGCAGCCCCAGAUGUCUCCUUGGCCUUGGGAAAUCAUUCUUAAAGAGGAAGCUGGUUACUUUGAGGUCCCUGGAGGGAAGGGUGAACGUGCAUCCCAACAGCCCUGGCAGCCAGCAGCAUGCCAUACAUCUUCUCACCCAACCUGUGUGACAGAGGCCCCCUCCUGGGGCACAAGUCCCAUACCUAAAGGGUCCUGUCCCAGUUGGGCCUCAUCCUGGGCCCUGGGAGGGGAGGGGCAUCAUGGGCCCCCCUGCAGCAGCCAGGA